CAAACAACAAAAGGGAAGACAAAAAAAAAAGAAAAAGGCAGGCAGGCACCUACCUACCUACCUACCUAACAUCUUCCAAAAUGGCCGACGACGGUCUCCUCCUCAACUUCACCAUCCCCGACACAACCGUCCUCAAACCCGAAAAAACCAAAGUAAAAGGCGGCACAUGGCGGGACCGACUCAGCGCAAAGAAAAUCGCAGCGCACCGAUCGAACAACCCGCGCAAAGAGAAAUCAUCCACGGAUGGCGAGCAGCAACAAACUAGCAACCCCCGGAACCCGAAUCGCAUUCAAGUAUCCGGUCCGCGGCCGGUGAAGAGACAGCGCAUUGGUGACGAUGAGGAGAAUGGAGGAUCGCAGCAGCAGCAGCAGCAACCACGCCAGCAACAACAACAUCCUGGGGGUCCCCGACAUGUCGUAUCGUCGCUUUUCUCGAAGAACCCGAGACCUCGAACCGCUUUCGAAGCGAAGAAGAACGGAAACGAAGAAGAGGAAGACGCCAAGCCGACGAACGCGCCGCUGAUUGAUGGACUGGACACAUUCACGAACCUGGGACUAUCGGCACCGCUGGCGGCGCAUUUGCUGACGAAGCUGGAGGUGAAGGCGCCGACGGCGAUUCAGAAAGCGAGUAUCACGCAACUACUGAAGGAGGAGAGCGAUGCGUUUAUACAGGCGGAGACGGGAUCCGGAAAGACGAUGGCGUAUCUGUUGCCGCUUGUGCAGCGGAUCAUGACAAUUUCGUUGAAUCAGAAGAAGAGGGAGGAAGCGGAGCAGGUGCAGCGCGAUAGUGGGUUAUUUGCUAUUGUGUUGGCGCCGACGAGAGAGUUGUGUAAGCAGAUUGCGGUGGUGUUGGAGGGGUUGUUGAGGUGUGCGCAUUGGAUUGUGGCGGGGACGGUGAUUGGAGGAGAGAAGAAGAAGAGUGAGAAGGCACGGUUGAGGAAGGGGUUGAAUAUUCUGGUUGCGACGCCCGGUCGGUUGGCGGAUCACUUGGAGAAUACGCAGGCGUUGGAUGUGAGUAAUGUGCGGUGGUUGGUGUUGGAUGAGGGAGAUCGGUUGAUGGAGUUGGGGUUUGAGAAGGAGUUGGCGGGGAUUAUUCAGAAGCUGGAUGCUAGGCAGCGGCCGAGUCGGAUUCCUGGGAUUCCGGCGAAGAGGACGACGAUAUUGUGUUCGGCUACGUUGAAGAUGACGGUGCAGAAGCUGGGAGAGAUCAGUUUGAAGGAUGCGGUGCAUAUUCAGGCGGAUCCGGCGGAGGAUGGCGAGCCGAGGAAGAAGGAUGAGGAUGAUGCGUUCCGGGUGCCGGCACAGCUGAAGCAGUCGUAUGCGAUUGUCGCGUCGAAGCUACGGCUUGUUACGCUUACGGCGUAUAUGAAACGGACGUUUAUGAGGAAGGGGUCUGUCAUGAAGGCUAUCAUUUUUGUGUCUUGUGCGGACUCUGUGGACUUUCACUUUGAGGUGUUUACACGGAAGAAUGGAGAUGAGGAGGAGAAGAAGGAAGAGAGCGAGGAUAGUGAUGAGGAGGAUGAAGAGGAGAAGAGGAAGAAGCUCGGUGCUUCGGCUCAUGGAACUAUUGCGCCUGCUACGGCCUUUUCGAAUCCCUCCAACCCGGUGACGCUGCAUAGACUGCACGGUUCUCUGCCCCAGCAUGUCCGGACGGCCACCCUGGGUGCCUUUGCCCGCAACCGCGAACCCUCCGUGCUAAUCUGUACUGACGUUGCGUCCCGUGGUCUGGAUCUUCCGAACGUUGAUCUAGUCGUGGAGUACGACCCUGCCUUCAGUGCCGAGGACCAUCUGCACAGAAUCGGACGUACUGCGCGUCUGGGACGUGACGGUCGUGCACACAUCUUCCUCAUGCCUGGCUGUGAGGAGGGUUACGUCGACAUUUUGAAGAAGGGAUACCGUGACGGCGGAAAGUCGCUGACACGCAACACCGCGGACGACAUUCUGAAGCGCGGAUUUGGAGGAAAUGUCGAGUCACAGAACGUAGACUGGGAGGAGAAGGCCACCGAAUGGCAGCUGGAUGUGGAACGGUGGGCAUUGGAAAACAAAAACUACCUCGAAAUGGCCCGGCGAGCUUAUCAGUCUCACAUUCGCGCCUAUGCCACACAUAUCGCCAACGAGCGGAGCAUGUUCAACAUCAAGGAGCUUCAUCUCGGACAUCUGGCGAAGAGUUUCGCUCUGCGUGAUCGUCCCAGCAAGAUCAACGUUCCUGGUCUCCGCCAAGAACAGGCCGACACCAAGAAGGACUUCAAGGCCGAUCGCAAACCAGUCGCAGGAAAGAAGAGAAAGGCUGGUGGUCACGAUGACGACGACGAUGAUGUUCCUCGUCAAACGGACACUCUCACGGCAGCUCAGAAGAUGAGGGCGAAGAUGAAGGAGCACAUGGCGGGAGCAAGCGAGUUCAAUCUUGCUUGAUCAGCAACUCACAUGUAAAUAGUAAUUGACGACAAAUCAAUAGAUAUCCCACAAUGAGAUUUU